AUGGCUGGCAAUAUCCAAUCUUCCGCACAACAACCAGUGCCUCUCACUCCAAUCAUUAUGUCGCAAACACGUCAUCAAACGGUAUCUGAUAAAGAGAAUCGCAUUUUCAGGGUUGUGCCUGCUUUGAAAACCUGGGAAAGGGAUUAUGAAGACGAAGGAGAGACUUGUCCCAUUUGUUUCGAGAGCUUCAAAGAAGUCAAAGUUGAUGCAGAUGGGAACGAUCUUUGUCCCGAUCCCUUGGAAUUCAAUGGCGGACAUAAAGGUUCCAUAGUCGUCACGCCUUGCAAUCACAAAUUUGGGUAUACCUGUUUGGGACAUUGGCUUCUUCAGAAGGACAAUUGUCCUAUGUGCCGUAAUAUUAUCCUCCCCUUCGAUCCACCACGAUCGACCCAUCGUGCCCAACAAAGACAGCGUUCUCACUCAACCGAGUCACAGAGUUCCCUAGCAGCUAUGCAACUCAUGGCACCUAGUCAUCCUAUCGCUCGAUCAAUAUCUCUCAACGCUAUUACAAUCACCACUCCAUUCGAACUACAAAGAUGGAACGCUAGAUUCGGUCAUUCGAACAAUCACUUGGAUGAAGCUGAGCUUUUAGUACCCGGGGAAAACACUCAGGAGGUUGCUCGUUCACCUCCUGUUAGACCUAGUACUACUAUACACGGUCAUCCAGCUACCCCUACUUCUACCGCAGUUGAGCCAGAUUCCACACGUCGCACUUAUGAAGCCAAUAUUACAACACACGACUUGACACAUCGACCUCGCAAUAAUCAAAAUUCUCAGCUCACUCGACCACCAAUUAAUCCUAGAUGGCGCAACUGGAAUUAUACAAGUCGUCAUAAUUUAAAUGCGGCUUGGAGACAGAGACAAACUACUAACUCCGUGGCUGCAGCGGUAGGAGUAUCCGCAGGUAUCGGAUCUGUGAUUGGGAUGCCAAGAGCAGAAAUAACAGCGCCAACGACUAGAGACAAUAACACUCCAGGUAGAACUGAAUCGGAAAGUGAUUAUUCGAUUGUGAGAGCAAUGGGUCACGCUAUGGGCGUGGGAACGAUACUUGGACUUCCCAGAGCAGAGUGGAGAAGUACCAUGAGACCACUGUCUCCACUAGAUGAUUCGAGGAGACCGCUGUUGUCGAGAAGGGAAUCGGUAAACGAUGGUACCGAGACUCUCCCUACGACAAGAAGUCGAGAAACGAGUGUGGAUGAGGAUUUGCGAAGAUUGCCGGGGCUAGCUAGCAGUAUGUGGGCUCGUACUUGGGGAUGA